AUGCUGCUGGGCCAGAUGCUCGCGGAGCUGGGCCUGGAGGACUUCGAGGGCUCGUUCUGCAGGCUGGGCGUCGAGUCCAUCGAGCAGCUGGCGGAGGUGCGCUACGAGGAGAUGCUGGAGCUCGGCCUCUCCAAGGUGCAGUGCCACCUCGUCUUCGCCAAGGUCUCCGAGGCCACCGCCGACGGCGAGCCCGACCUGCCCGACGGCGACCUGGCGGCCUUUGGGCUGCCCGACGGCGCGCUGCGCGUGGUGGACGUGCGGGACGCAGCCGAGGCUUCGGCCGCCCGCCGCGCCGCCGCGCCGCCCUGCGGGGCGCCGCCCUCCGCCGGCUUCGAGGCGCGUCGCCAGCAGGCCGACAGGACGGCCGCCCGGGGGCGCUCCGACAGCCCGCCCUGGCGAUGCCGCCCCCCCCGCUGGGCGGCCCGGCGCCAGAGGCGGCCCUCCGCACGCACGUCGAGGCAGCCUCGUCAGCCCUCCGCGCGCCCAAGCGGCCCCGCGCUCCCAGCCACAUGUCCACAGCGGCCGCCCGGGGCGGCUCCAGCCACCAAGGCACCGUCGACGGCCUCGCGGAGUCCCGCGCGCCCCGGUCCCUGGCGGAGAGCCGCGCGCGCGGCUACGGCUCCUCGGGCGUCUCGAGCUCGUCGACCCCGCACCUGCGGGACCCCCGCGCCAGGAAGCGGCGCAGGCAGCUCGGCAGCUCGGCCGGGCCCCCCAGCCGGCUUCCACCUGGGCCAGGCGGGCGCCCUGAGCACCUGCGGGUCGCAGACCCGCCGCCGCGGGGACAGCUGUGACCUCCAGGCCGCGGUGCCCGACGAGACGGGCUCCAUCUAG